UUAGUCGAAUUGAGUUGAGACUCGGUGCAAUUAUCGACAGCCAAUCGACAUCUUCAACAAGUUUGUCGAGGAAUUCAGCGUUCCUAAAAAGUGAAAGAAUCAUAAACACAACAAACGCGAUUCUGUCACUCGCGAUCUUUCUCCUUCGUCUUUUAAAUAUUUUUUAAGCGUUUUUUAAAGGGGUUUUUCCUCAUUGAAAUUUAUUAUCUAUUUGUGCGUAUCUUUGUGCGAUAUCUUUCAUAAUCGAUUGCAAUGAAUCCUUUAACUAACGUCAAAAAUAUAAAGAAGCUCAACGAGCAAGAAUUACGAGGUAGAAAUAAAACGUCUUGGCACGACCAGUACAAAGAUAGCGCUUGGAUUUUCGUCGGUGGUCUGCCAUACGAUUUAACGGAAGGUGACGUUAUCGCUAUUUUCUCUCAAUACGGAGAAGUAGUUAAUAUAAAUUUAAUUAGAGACAAAGAUACUGGAAAGCAAAAAGGCUAUGGCUUCUUGUGUUAUGAAGAUCAGAGGAGCACCAUAUUGGCAGUCGACAAUUUCAAUGGCAUAAAGAUAUUAGGUAGAACAAUACGAGUGGACCACGUUUCCAAUUACAAAGCGCCAAAAGAUUCAAAGAAUAUAGACGAGGAAACGAGAAAUUUACGGAAAGAAGGUUGCGCUCCAAAGAAGAGCUGAAGAUAUACAAAUAAACUGCAAAGUAUCGAUAAUCCUAGAUAUUGUUUCAAUAAUUUUUAUUAUUACGAAUAAAUUUACAUUUAGACUUGAUGGAAAAUAUUACUGACUAUAUAAAAGUUACAACUACUUUGUUACUAUCAGUUAAGUCUUCAGUGUUACAGUUGAGAUUAAAAAUAUUACCCAACUU